UGGUUAAAUAAUUGAAGAUAAUUGAAGAGUUGGCAACAACCACAAGCUUUUCCCUUGCUUCUUUCAUAUUUGACUGCACCCAUAAAUAAGUGUAUCUCGCCAUGGCGCCAUCAACAUCUUUAUUGGCACUGCGAGAUGCUGCUAUGACCAACAACAUCACCGUCAGCGACUCCCAAAAAAAUAGCAGCAGUAGCAGCAAUGACUCCACAACAUGGGUCCUCAUCGCCAUCAUAGUCGGCCUCGUUGCCCUGAUCGCCAUCUCGGUGUUUGUCAUCCUCAGGAUGCUACGCCUCAGAGAAAGACGACGAUUACAACAACGACAGCAACAACAACAGUACGGGCAGGACGACGACCACCAGGCGUGCGAUGAAACCGGCCGGCUGUCGCCAUACCUCCACGCGGCGCCUCCGCAACAGCGCAAGCUCAGCAAGCUCAGCGAAGCGGAUCGGCGGUCGUGGGGCGAGUAUGUCGAGCAGGAGCAGCGCGCCAUGAUGAUCCGCAAGUCGCUCGCCAGCCGGUCUGCAGAGUUCCCCGGCGGUCGUCGGCACCACUCGGAUAGCGUGUCGUCCAGCGACAGUGAUAGCAGCUUCGUGGAGCCAUCUUUGGUAGCGUCGCGGCCGACGACCUCGUCUGAGGCCAUGUUAGCAGCAGCAGCACCACAGGGCAAUUCGGACGUCGGAAUUGAUCAGGAAAAAGACGAAGAGGAACAGCAAUUUCCCGCUGGCGGGCUUCGCGACGACUGGAAGGCGUUCGAGGCGCAACUACAUCUUGACAAGUCGCUGGCUCGAGAUACGCACCCAGCUGCCGCGGGUAGAGGGGUUGAAAGUGAGCGGGUAUAACUGGGUAUAUUUUUCUCAAAUAUAAUAAACAUGUCAAGUUCUGAAACAAAACAUGCAUGCAUUUCGCACUGGAUCCUCGUAUCAUUCUUCACCGGAUCAUGCCAAGAGUUGAUGUCAGGUCA